AUGAAUACUCCCCGGUCAGUUUUCGCCUUUGAAACCUGCAUUUUAAUGGUAACCGGAUUAAUUUUGGCCUCAGAAAGUUACUAUGGUAUCUUAGGUGUGCCAAAGUCAGCAUCAGAGUGCCAAAUCAAGAAGACCUUUCACAAGUUGGCCAUGAAGUGCCAUCCUGAUAAAAAUAAGAGACCUGAUGCUGAAGCAAAAUUCAGAGAGAUUGAAGAAGCAUAUGAAACACUCUCAUAUGCUAAUAGACGAAAAGAAUAUGAUACACUUGGACAUAGUGCUUUUACUAAUGGUAAAGGACAAAGAGCUAGUGGAAGUCCUUCUGAGCAGUCAUUUAACUUCAAUUUUGAUGACUUAUUUGAAGACUUUGGUUUUUUUGGUCAAAACCAAAACACUCGGUCCAAGAAGCGUUUUGCAGAUCACUUCCAGACACGCCAGGAUGGUUCCAGUAGGCUAAGGCACCAUUUCCAGGAGUUUUCUUUUGGAGGUGGGUUGUUUGAUGACAUGCUUGAAGAUAUGGAGAAAAUGUUUUCUUUUAGUGGUUUUGACACCACCACAAAUUGACAUACAGUACAGACUGAAAAUAGAUUCCAUGGAUCUA